GUGUGUGUGCUCCCUCAAAAUUGAGUAGCGAGGAAUUUUCUCGCCACGGUGAAAUUUCGGUGUUAGAAUUUCUGUGUGUUGCAGGGCUCCUAGUUUGAAGUAUCCUGCUAUUUUUUCCAUUUCUUCAGGAAUAUUAUCUGUGUUACGGAUAAUUGUUAAAGCCUACCUGUUAGGUGCAAUCUAUAUAUAUUUUGGUUGAGGACAAAAACGAAAAAUCUUUUUGGUGUGUGCAAUCAAUUUUGAAGUCCAUCGUUUCUCCUUUACGGAGGGGAGAAGCAAAUCUAUCCAUCUCAUUUGCUCUUUUGCACAAUUUCUCGUGGGGGGUAGUGUGCCUGCCUUUUUCCCACCCACCCACAAUUCCGAGGGCACGGUGAAACGUCAAAUACACGUCAAAAACACCUCAUUCGUCAAUUUUACUGUGAAAAAACAAACUGACAACGAUUUUUCCGUGUGUUCUGUGUGAAAAUUAUUUUUCUUUAUUCGUGCAUUGUGUAACGGACAAAACUAUUUUUUGAAAUUUCAUUUUGACACACAGCUGCGGUGCCGCCACCCAGAAACUGUGACGACACACUUUGGCUGACUGUGUGAGUGCAAUAUUGGAGCGAAGAAAACAACAAUUUUGUCUGUAUGUAUUAUGCUUUUCAUCGCUUUUGCGUAUUAAAUACAUUUAUAUGUGUGCGUUGUAAAAAUUGACAGAAGAAGUCAAAGAAAGAAAAAAAAAUUAAAGAAAUAUCAAAACACCGUUUGACACUUUUCUAACGAAAAAAUCCAUCUUUGGAGAAAUUUUCCUUCUGGUGUGUGCGUGCGGAGGAAAGUGUGUGAGAAAAGAAGGGAGAAAAGGAGAAGAGACUUUUGGGUAAAAAUUUCCCAUUCGUUUGGCAGUUAAGUUUCGUUUCGCCACCAUUUGUGCGCGCGUGCGUGAAUUACGUCAUUGGAGUGGUACACAUCGGUUUUCGGGAGUUGGCAGUUGUGAAUUGUACGUGAAACAGUCGAUUACCAACCAACAAUCCCGCCCGAAUAAAUCGAAUUGAAGGGUCUCGGCAACAGCCAUUCUUUCUUCUUCUCUGGCGGCCGCAGAGGCUCCCAAUUAAUCUCUCACGAGACACUUGUCACAUCACACGGUUCCUUUUCCUGUGGGCUAGGCUACAUUGCAAAAGAAGUGAGAAAGGUGGUGAUACUCAAUUAAUUUCCUGGAAAAAAGUCCCUUCACGGUAUCAAUAGAGAAGAACUUUUCCAUACAACAAGAUGGCAGCUUUUGUGGCGAAACAAAUGGUGGGGAAUAAACUGAGCGCCGUCAAAGGCGCAGUGGGUGGAGAUGGCGGUGAUGAUGGUGACGACAAGGAGAAGGCUGAGGAGGAGGAGAGGGAGCGUCAGGAGGCCAUCAGGGAGGCCGAGGAACGACGCAAGGAGAAGCAUCGGAAGAUGGAGGAGGAGCGUGAGAAGAUGCGACAAGAAAUCAGAGAUAAGUAUAACAUAAAGAAGAAAGAGGAGCCUGUCGAAGUGGUGCAGGAGGAACCCAAUCCACUGAUGCGCAAGAAAAAGACACCUGAAGAACUGGCUGCAGAAGCUGAACAGGAAGAUCUCGAUGACUUUACAAAACUGAAAAACUCAAUAGAAACACAAGUGAGUGAGAUCAAGUCGCAAAUAGAGAGCAAAUGCGUUAUGCAGUGAUAUGCUGGUCGUCAGUAACAGAUAAAAAUGGAUUUGUGAUUUUCAAAAAAAACGACGGUGAAUGGGCUUAGAAAUCCACAAAUACGAUAGUGCAGUGAGAAAUGGUUGCAAAGAACAAGAAAAAAGAAAUGAUGAAAAAUGGAUAAAUUUUAGAAUCCACGUAGGGAAGUAAUAAAAAAAGAACCCACAAGAAAAAUCCUUAUGUAAGAAAAAUUGAAAAAAAAAUGUAGAUAAAAAUUCAUCCCCCAAAAGAGAUAGCGCAGAUGUUUUGGCAACAACCCGCACCGAGAUGAUAUGGCAAGCUGAUGACGAGACAAAAAAUAAAUAAAUGCGAAAAAAAAUGUAGAAUGAAGGAAUAAUAGAAAAUAUGUAAAAGCAAAAGCACUGUAGAAAUAUAAAUAACAAGAGAGAAAUUUAUUUUUCCUUAUGGCUGUUUAGCAGAAAAGAUUAAAUUAAAUGAUGAAAAAAAUGAAUAAGUAAACAUUAGUAUUAAAGCCAAAUCAGAAGAGGAUUCACUUUAAAGUCAAAUAUAGAUUCGAUUUGGUUUAAUUUUCUUGAAAAAAAAUUAGUUUGCCUACCCAUCAUACAAUUUGAAGAAGAAAAAAAUAAUUUAUUAAAUAUAAGAUUUUAUUUUCUUUUCAACCAUAGCGUGGUAAAACUUCUUAAAGCUAAUAAAAAACAGCAGAGAAAAUUUUAGAGAAUUAUAUUGCUAGAAAAAAAACGUGUAGAGAAUGAAAUUUUGAGCCACAAGAAAGCAGAUGAAACCAAAUUCGAUUUUGAGAUUUAUAGGUUCAAAUCGUUCUUAUUGGGUAUAACUGAAACAAGAGGUAAAAAAAAUGAGAUUGAGUAGAAAAAUAUCUGCUUUACAAGCGUAUGUGAUACAUUCGAAUUCAAUAUUUGAUAAAUGAUAUAAGAUGAAAAAGAAAAAAAAUAAUUCUAGAAAUAUAAGGCAAACACAACAUAGAACUGACAUCUGGCGGGAAAAGUUCCUCACGCACCUGAUGUAAAUCCGUGCGAUAGCCUCACGUGCCUCUGUGAUGACUUAUCCCGCCAGGGAAAAACCCAAAAAAAAAUUGAGCACUGAGCAAGAAAUUUAGUAGCUUACAGUCUCUACAACACUCCACACAAAAACACUAAGAAAAACAAAAAUUCUUUGUCAGCUAGACAGGAAAGGUAAAUGGCGAAAUUUCUAGGAAGUUUUCUCUCUUACAGCUAAAUAGUUCUGCAAUAGUGAUAUCUUGUAGAAAUUUUAAUUCAGUAUACAGCCAUCUAACGUGAAUGUUUUCCCAUUUAAAUGGGUUUAAAGAGAUUGGUUUACAAGCAGAGAGGAUGAAAUUCCUUUUGUAUUUCAAUGUGUUUUUAUAUUGGCAUAUGACAGUCUAAAAUAUAUUUUCAAAUAUAUUUUUAUAACGAUUAAUCUAAAAAAAAUUAUAUACAUUUAAAUGAUACCAAGGGGUGUUUAUCUGAAUGAAAAUAUUCGGAUUAUUCAGAUAAUUCUUAGUCUUAAAUUGAUAGAAACUGAGGAGCAAAAGCCUAAAAAAAGUACUAAAUUCUAACAGAAAAAAUCAAAUUAAAUUUAGUACUUUUUUGAGCUCAAUUUAGUACUUUUUCCCAUUGUAUUCUGUAUACUUUUUCAGCUAGAAUUUAAUAUUUUCUUAGCUGGAAUUUAGUACUUUUUUAACUAUUGAAUUUAGUACUUUUUCGGCUUGAAUUUAUUUACUUCGACUAGAUUUUAGUAUUCUUUAAAAAUUCAAUCUUAAGAAGUAAAUUCAUUAUUCUAAAGUACUAAAUUCUAGUCAAAAAUGUAGUAAAAUCUGAGUGAAAAACUUCUGAAUUCAACCUGAAAAAGUACUAAAUUUAAAGCGAAUAAGUACUAAAUUUAAUCCCAAAGAGUACUAAAUUCAACCUGAAAAGUACUUAUAAACAGUAAAUUCAAACCGAAAAAGUAGUAAAUGCAAGCUGAAGAAGUACUAAAUUUUAGCUGAAAAUGAGAAUAUUCAGAUUUUUGGCAAUAUUGUGAUUAUUCGCUAAAAAUUGUCAAAAUAUUCGGCAGAUAAACACCCCUUGAAUAAUACUGCUUGUAACCUAAUACUAACGAAUACGUCUUAAAAUUAAAUUCAUUUUCUUUUAGGAGGUUUUAGAAAUGUUCAUCCAAAUUCCUCAAACGGUCUCCUCUACUAGUUUAUAUUACUUUUUAUUAUCUUUAACAUUUCUUUAAUGAAAAGAAAAAAAAGAAAACCCCUUUAAAUACACGAUGUUUGCUUAUGAAUGUGCUAUUGCGAUGUUUCCUACUGAAUCUGCUAAAAUGAAUAUAAAAGGGCCUCUAAUAAAUUCAAGGUAGGGGCUGAAAGAGCGCCCCACGAAAAAUGUCUCACUUAGAAUGUUUCAAUUGCUGUGUCUUAGAGAGACAUUUUUUAGUCGCUUAUUACUGUCUUGGCUGCAAUUUUUCAUGCAAUAAGGAAAUGAAGUUUAAAACAUCUAAAAGGAAAUAAACAGCUCGUAAAGUUCUGCAUGCUGCAGCUAAUGUAUAUGAUUACUAUAUACAUUUUAUGGGAAAAGCCCAUUGGUUGGCAAAUUUCUUGUAGCAAUUUUCUGCAUGCUCUUUGUCUUUUCGUCUCACUUGUCUAUCUCUUGAUGUCGUAAAAUUUCCAUAUGUAUAUUUAUUUUUUGAUGUUACAUAAAAUAGCAUUAAGGGACAACCAAUAAAACACCAACCGACUCUCCUUAAAUAAUAUUCAAUGCGACAAAAGUUGCUACAUGUAAGGAAAAAAAGGGACAAAAGGAGGAAAGUUCCACACACAGUCACAUUUUGAAUAAUGUCCAGCAAUUUAUUUUACAUACAUGGGUGUUACAACGGAAUAUUUUUACAAACAUCUAUCACCCUGUGCUGUUAUGAAUUAUCUCCACCACGAGUUAUGUAACAAUCAUUUGUCUGCAUUGGAAGGAAAAACUUUUGCCAAGAAAUAUUGUAAUAUAUUGUCUUGGCAUGAAAUCUCUUACAUGGGUUCCUCCGUAUAAACUGCCUCCAAAAAAGAAAUUUCAUUCCUCUUUCCGCAUUGAAAAUUAAUGGCGUGGAAAGAUUUUUUUUAUUACAUUUUCACCCUUUAAAAAGAAACUAAGAAAAGGAUUAAUUUGGAGAAAAAAAAUGUAAAAAGAAAAUUUAUUGGGAAAGAACAUCAACUAAUAACGGAAACAAACCAUUGAAAGCUUUUACUUUAAUGAGGGAAAAUAAUUUGUAAAGGAAAAAGUGAAAUAUUUACGAUACAUCCGUAGAAGAGUAAAGAAAAAAAAACGUAGCAAAAUCCCCGUAUUUGAAAAAAUGCAAAUCAACAAUAUUUACGUCAAUUACAGAGAGAGAGAGCAAAUUAAAAGAAAAAUCCAUCUAAUAUUUAUCGGAGAGAAAUUUAUUUACUAAACGAUGGAGGAAAAAAUAUAUAUACAUAUAUAUCACUAAAAAUGAGGAAUAUUUUAAAAUAAAAAAAGGGAAAAUAUCAGUAUGAGCAAAAUAUAGAAAAGAGAAAAUAAAUAUUUACAGCAUUUUCGUGUUAUUUUCCUAUAUUAAUUAACUUACUAUAUAAUAAAGUGAAAAAAAUACAUAAAUUCAUUAAUAUUCUAACAUAGAUUAUAUUAAAAUCUCUCUUAUACAUUUCUGUCAAUAAAAAAUAUCACUCACCCCGUUGAAACUUAUGGCAUUGCCAUUGGGAUGAUUUUUUCUUUCAAAUGAGAUGGUCUGUGCAAGGACUUCUUCUGGGACUUUCAUCCUUUAACAAAAAAACAAGAUAAUAAAAAUCAUCCCAUUCUCUUAGAUUCUUGUGUAUAGGAAAUCUCUCUCGCGCUUCUCAGUGUCUAAAAAAAAAGAAAAGUCUUUCGUGAUUAGCGAAAUGAAUCUUUAAAAAAAAAACAAUUUACACCGAGGCAUCAUCAAUAGAAUACUUUGCAUUACAAUGUAAUUAAAUUUUAAUUUAAUUAAUACAUUUUGUGUGGCUUUUUCUUUGUAAUAAUAAUUUGUUUAAUUUUUUUUGGAUAAUAUGGUAAUUUUACCUUGUAAAACAAAACACCUGAAGAACACUUGAAAAAAAAUGUUAAUGGAAAUGGAAUAAUUAUUCCAGCAAAUAUAAACAAUAAUGAAACAAUAAUUAAUUACCGCGUUCACUGUAGCUGAUGUAGAGGUAAUAAAAUUUAAAAAACAAAAAAAAAUAGCUGUGUUUCCGUAAUGUUUUUUGUCAAGAGGACGGGGCUCUUUUGAUGUUGGGGGUGGGAAUAAAAAAAAUAAUAAUCAAUGCAAGAGGUUCUCUCUGUGUGUGUGGAAAAAAAACGGUGGAAAAUGCAUGUUUAUUUUUUAAUUGGAAUGAAAUUUAAAUUGCUGGGAAUGAGGGUUAUUUAAUGAUUUUUUUUUCACUUGAAUAAAGUGUUCAAAUGAAAAAUUAAAAAAAAAAGUCCUUUGAAUUAGAAAUUUAAUUGGAAAAGCUUUUGAAUGUUAUAUAUUUGCAAUAAAAUUCAAAGGAAAAACUAUUCUUGGCAUUUCCCGUUAAAUCUAAAUACGAAUGAAAAGCGAAAGAUGUGCUUAUUGUGGGAAAUAAAGUCACGGCUGAUUGAUGAACGUAAAUCAAAUGCCAAGAAAUAAUGUAAAAGACAAUUCCUUCUUUGCAAGAAUACGAAGGAAAAGCGCAUCAUUCGAUAAAUUGUUAAAGCACACUCUAUCUAUCGAGCUAAUGAUUGGUGUUAAAUUCUCCUUUUUUAGAUUGUAAUACAUAUUGCAUUAUAUAAAUGUACUCUAAGUGUCGUUCUCUCUUCCUCCUUCUUCACCCUUCAAUCUCUCUGCAUCUUCCGGAUUCAUCUGUGCAUCGACUUUGCUUCUCGAUGUGUCUUCUGCAAAAUUGAUUGCAUCUCCGUGCUUUUUUUUCUCUCCACUUUCCUUCUUCUCUCAUCCACCUCUUUUUGCCUUUUUACCCUCCCCCGCAAAAUGUCUUAAAUGUUAAUCUCUGUGAAAUAUUCAAUAAUACAUACACGAAGGGAGUACAUUGGGAUUCACUCAGUGUCUCUUCUUCGGAAAAUUGCAUUAAAGUUUUAAAGGGAAAUAUGAUUGAGAAAAAAAACGAGUCGAUAAGCUAUCUGUGCUAUAUAUGGCUAACUUGCACAAUAUUCUUCCACACACAUUUCAUUCACAAUUUUUCUCUCUUCUUCCACCAAUAUGAAUCUAUUUAUCUAUCAUUUUUACUAAUAUCUAUGUAUAAAAACACAUUUUAUAUUGGAAAAGAAAUUUCUUAAAAAUGAAAUUUUAUAAAUUGGACCAAGAGAAUCUUAUUUCAGUUAAAAAAAAAAUAAAGAAAAAAAUAAAGAAAAAAAUAAAGAAAAAUGGUUUCAACUAAAUACAUAAUAUUAGAACAAAUUGAUAAACUUUCGAAAGUUUAAUUUAAUCUUAAUUUAAAAGAAAAUGAAAGCAUAACUGAAUGAGAAAAAUAACAGAUUGUUAUUUCUAAGGAAUCUUUAAUUCAGGAUACUCAAUAUUUUUUCAAAAAAUAAUUUUUAAUUCUUGAAAGAAAAGAACAAAAAUGGUCUAAUUUAUUAAAAUCUCAUUAACCUAAUCAACGAAUUUGGAAUUUGGGUGGAACAAAAUUAAUAUUUUAUCAAUGUAAAAUCUCAACUAAUACAAUCUCGACGCUGCAAAAAAAACAUUUUCUAACUUUAUCCACAAGACAAGCAAAGCUAAAAAAAAAAAGAAAUAGGAGGGAAAUGAAAUACACUCAUUUAUUGCGAUAAUUUUUGGAGAAUAUACUUGAAAGAAUCCACUGCCUUAUAAGAAAAAAAAUUAGAGACAUGAUGAAAUGUGUAUGUAAUAAUUAAAUCUUAAAAAUUUCAAGCAUGAAGUCACCCACAGUUUUUACGCGUUUACGUGUGAAUUGGUAAAAAAAAAAGUUAAUUUUUCUCAAAUGUGAAUUUUAGGUAAAUUUGUAAGAGACAUAAAAAAAAGAAAAUGUGAAGAUUGACAUUGAAUUAGUGACUCGGUUUCAAAAUUAAAUGAGAAAAAAAACCUCCUGAGGAAAAAAAAAGUGUUACAAAAGUGCAGGAGAUUUAAAUAAAUCAUUUUAAUAAAAAAAAAAAGUAAAAGAAUUGGAGGAUUGAAGGAAAAACCAACGAUGCGUGUUGAAUGGAAAAAAAAUUGACGAAAAUUGGCAUAAUACGAGAAAGUAGUAAUCUACUAUACCUAUAUACAUAUAAUAUAAUGAAAUCUGGUUGUUCUAAAACGCAUCGUAUAUCAAGUGGUGACGAAUUAGCUAUUUAUUGGUAAAAAAAAACAAGCAAAUUAAUCCUCCAAAUAAGUGUGUCAAAAAAGAAGUAAUUUAUUUGUUCCCUUAUAGAAACUCCAAAACGAAUAAAUUUACAAUGUCUUUGAAUAUGAGAUUUUCCGCGGAGAUUUUGGCAAUAUAUUCUUGCACACCGAAAAAGACGUACAUUUUAAACACUCCCAGAACAAAAACUCGUGUUCAAAAACAAACAACACACACAAAAUAUUUAAAAAAUAACAAAAAAGAAAGCACUUUUUGAACGAGCCUUUGUGUAUGUGUUUUAAUUGUGAAUGGAAAAGCAAUCUAUAUAAGAUGAACGUUUGUGUAGAGAACUCAAACAUAUUAAUGAUGAAUAAAUCACUAUGUAUAGACACCUCAAAAAAAAUGUUGACAAGAUGAAAAAAAAAAGAACAACUUAAAGUUUAUCAACACAUGAAGCACCUUUGAAUCGACAAUUCAUUACUACAUGCUUGGGAAAGAAAAGAAGAAUAAGAAGGUUAAAAUCUGCAGACUCACCUCGAGAAUAAUGCUGAAGAAAAUAGAGAAUUGCAGAAGAAGCAGGAAAAAAAUAUUCCAAUUAAAAUAGCGCAGAAAAAUACAGUGAUGCUCCGUCAGAAGAAUUCUUUUUUGUUAAUAAGAAAAAAAUAAUACCUAGGUCGAAUCAUAUUCAGCAUAAAGUAUUGAUUUCUAACAGAAAAAUAUGUUUAAGGGGGGUCUCUUUUGAGAGCUAUUGAAAUUAAUUCUUUUUAUUUGUGGUGGAAAUGGCGUAGAUAGAUGACAGAAGGGAAUCCGGUGAGCGCCAAGUUUUUCUCUCAUGGGAAAGAAAAGAAGAUUUUCUUGCCCUAUUUUAUUUUUCUUGGGGUUUUUCUUAAGCUUGGUUUUCCGGUGUUGGCCACAUUUAAAGACUUAUUAUUGAAGAGUAAGAAAAUCACUUUCCGCCAUUUUGUGAUUUUCCUCAAAACACAAAGGUAGGUUUUUAUCAGGAUCUACUGGAUGGAUUUUGAUGGGGUAAAAAGAAAAUGAAAGAGAAAUCAUUAUCGGAGAAUGUACCAGAAUAGAUUUUUGAAUUUCGACUUUGAAGCUGAGAAAAAUAAAUAAGAAUACUUGUCUACUUUUCUCAGGCUCUGAGUCGAAAUUCCAUAAUCUGCUCUGGUACAUUGUUCAUUGAUGCUUCCUCUUUCAUUUGCUUUUUAUUCCAACAAAAUCCAUUCAUUAGAUCCUGAGAAAACCUACCUUUGUGUUUUUGGACAGUUCUUUGGAAAAGUCGGAAAAUCACAAGAUGGCCUCACACCUAAGAUGGCGAAAAGUGAUUUUCUUACACUUCAAUAAUUAGGCUACAAAUGUAACCAACAUCGGAAAACCAAGCUUAAGAAGAAAAACCCCAAAAAUUACAGCAUUAAAAAUGGGUAAAUUAUAACAAUUCUCUCAAGAGACCCGCCUUAAGGAAAAGAAAAGUAUUUUUGCCUUCUCUAAAAUUAUACAUAGCACGCUAUGUAUGCUAUGUAUAAUUUCAAAGGGGUUGCACAACAUAAAAUACAUGUGAAAAGCUUAUAAUCACCAUGGAGAAAAUGUUUUUGUGUGCAUAUUUUGCACAGAUUAGAACGAUAGAAAAGCUCUCUUGGUGAAUGUGUGUGCGCUAUCAAGAAUAAAAUGAGAAGUUUCUUCUGCAAAUUCCCCAUAACAACCAUCCCUGAAGAAUGAACGAGUAAAGCAUAAAAGAUAUCAUCACAUUUAAUACCCUGUCCCCCUCACCUCUCCCCACCCCCCUUAUUUCCACGUGAAUAAAAUUGGAAAGAGAUCUUACACUACCUCAAGUAGAGAUGGAUUGACAAAAUGAGUGAACCAUUUAUUUUCACUAUUAAUAGAUAUCUCUCUAUGUAUCCAAGAAAAAAAAAAACAAAACAAUGAAAAUCAACAUUUUUUCAACUAAAAAAUGUUGAUUAUUUAAUGUUCAUUCUUGUGUUUCCAUCGUUGUGAAAAUGAUAGGUUGUUAAAGAAAAAAAAUAGUAAGAAAAAUAAAAACCAAGUCGCAAUGUGAAGAUUUAAACACACAAAUCACGAGACAACGACACUAGUACAUUUAGAAAAAUGAAAUAAAGAAAAAAAGUGAAUAAAUGCAAAUUUUUAAAAUAUUUAAAUGGAGAUAAAUGUGAAAAAUUUUUCAAAAGAAAAAUGAAAAAACUGUGAAAUUUUUUGCUUUCUAUAAAGAAACAUUUUCCACUGGGUUCUUUUGUAUGUUUAACUAAAAUUGGGAUAUACCAGAGAUGUGAAAGUGAAAAGGUAAAAAUCUUUGACCUCUUUGACAAUGAUAUAAACCCCUCAGCAUUUUUUUUUUCAUUGUAGUGUAUACAAUAAAAUGAGAAGAAAUAAUUUGUGAAAAAGUUUUGGUGGAAUUUUUGGGAUUAAAUUUCGGGUAAAGCAGAUUCCAAUUUCCAUCAACACCUAUAACUGAUCUUGAGGGCAUCAAUUUGACUCGUAACGUGUAUACCGCAGUGGGUAUACGUAGACUUGACAACACAAAGAGAAUCCACAGAGAACGCUUCGUCCUGCAACCUGCAAACAAAAUUUUACCAAGCUUUCACAAAUUAUUUUCGAAUGAAGAAACUAAAAUGAGAUUGUGUACACAGAACCUCAAUUUCUUCACGCAAAAAGAAAUUGAAAAAAAAUUCGCAAGAAGAAAAAAAGUUGCAUAGAAUUAAUGAGAAAAAAAUACCCUUAAAAGCUAGUAUUUGAUGAGAUGAAAGUAUAUACACCCUUACAAUAUUAUAAUGAAGUAAAUGAUGAAAAAAAAUGAUUGUUGAAUUAUAUAUUCAAAAAAAAGUGAAGUAAAAAAGCUACUUAUCGUUCAGUUGAUUAUAUGCCAAUUAAUUGUUGAAUCCUCAGUGGGUCACAAUUCUUUGGAUGCCUGAGUUAGAAAAGUUGAUCCAUAGAGAGGGAAAUAUCUUCGGGAUGGGCGAAUUAUAUUUCACCCUUAAAAUUUCCCGAAAGAAAAUUCAUGAAAAAGUUAAAAAAAAAUCUCUCUGUGGUAUCAACCCAAAAAAAACGUGUUAGACAAAAAAGGUUUUCGUUGAAGUUUUGUUUGAGAAAAAAACUGAUAAGAAAAAUUGCUAAAGAAAAAAUUUAGAAAAAAAAAUUGAAGCGUAGUUUUAGCUAUUUAGAGAUGAAAUAUUAGGUCUAUUUAUAUAUAGGCCGACUGAAAAAAAAUUGUUAAAUAAUUAUAUUUAAAAAUGAUGAAAAAAUGAGAAAUGAUGAAUAUAAAAUUUUCUUUAUUUUCCCUUCAUUUCUCCUAAAGUAAACUAAUUCAUUUUGAAGAAUUAUUUUUUAUUAGUUCUUUUUGGUUAAUUUUUUGCAUUUUUUUCUUUGCAAUUUAUUUCGGUAAUUUCUUUUUAAACUUUAACAUGUAGAAAACCACACGCAAUUAAUUUUCUUGCAAUUUCUAAUAGAAGAAAUUAAAUUCUAUUGUAUAAAAGAAAAAUAUUACUUAAAAAAAAUGAAAAGAAUAGUAAUUUGAGAUUUGAAAAAAAAAUGAGGAAAAAGUGAAGAAAAUAUGCCGAAGAAGGUGAAAAAAAAUUAUUAUGGCACACAUGUAAUUGUUGUUAUUAUUACAAAAGAGAAAAAAAAACUUAGAAGAUUCCACUGAGAGAGAUGAUAACAAAAAAAAAGUAAAAAAAUAUAUAUUAAAAAUGCAGUAUGUUAUAUUCGCUAAUGAUUACAUACAUUUUAAGAAGUGUAUACUGUUGAGAAAUAAUAAAAUAACAAUUGAAAAAUUACAAAAAAAA